AUGAGCAGCAUCUAUGACUUCAGGCUACGCGUUAACGUACCUCAGGAUGAGAAUCAUGGUGGACAGGCCUUAUAUUAUCCUUCGAAGCUCUCGGCAAGAGCGCCGAACGCAUCUCAUCGAACACAUCGGGUCCAUGCUGCGUUUCCAAAGCAUAUUGAGCCCUUACCUUUAAACAGCAACGACAUACAGCUGAAGGACCUCAUAAAAUCUGACCCUGAUUGCACUACAAUAGAUUCAGAGACACUGAACUUGGUGAACUAUAUAAGACAGCCUGAAAAACUUCGCACUAGCAGUGGUUUGUCUUGGUUAGAGAUGUUUGCGGGCGACCAGACACUCCAUGAUUCGGCGAACUCCCUUCAUGUAGAGAAGACUAGACCCUUUCAACAAGUCGAAUCCCUUGAAACCUUCGUCCCCAUCACAGUCAGGCCCAAUAAGUUACUUCCGAUUUCAGAACGAUUGGAUUUGUCGCCAUUAAUGCGUUCUCAUCUAUUGCAACAUGAUGCAGUUCCGUUCUUCAAUUGUGAGCGAUACGAAACUAGAUUGGAGCCAGAUGACUAUGAAGGAAUCUGUCUGGCUAUCCUGGAAAAUGAGAUACUUCCUAUUACUGAAAAUGAACAGCCUAUAUUCGAAAGGCAAUUGGAGUUGAAUGAGAUUAGAACUUGUACACGCUGGUAUCAUUAUCCUCUAUAUUACCUAUUUGGUAUUGAUAGAACGGGCUUCUUUGCUCUGAACGAAAUUAAGAAAGACUUUUGUGACUAUCCAUGGUCUAGAUUUACACGACCAAGACCCGAUGACGUUGAAUGCUAUUUCGGUAAGGUAAAUGAGGACGCGGUUGAUCCUUUGGAUAUUCCUGAUUUUGAUACAAAAUCCGAAAUGUCCCUUGACCUUUACAUUUAG